AUGUUUCAGGAGCCACCAUUCAUAUUUAAAAACGAGAGCCAGCCAGGUUCCUACUACGGCUACAGCAUAGACGUCCUUGAAGAGAUCGCCAGCCGCGUUGGGUUUUCCUACACGCUCAGAGAGUGCGACGAGGGCGGCUACGGAGUGCUGGACGGUGGCGAGUGGAACGGGUGCAUUGGAAACAUUGUGAGAGGGGUGAGGAGCCUAUUGUCACCGCGGCCAUAUUAAGCUUUGGUAAAAAAAAAAAAAACGGGGAAAAUCUAAAAAUAAAUUUUACCAAAAUGAAAAGAUUUCCUUUCGUCCAAGUUUUGGAAGAGAUGAGGAAAUUUAUAAAUGAUAAUUGUUAAAAUGAAAAUGCCACGCAAUGUGAUUUCGUUAUGCCUUUAUAACGGAAUUCCCAAUCAUUAGUAAUAUAGAAUAGCAACCAAAAAAACAACGAAUUGUUAUUUUCCCAGGAAGCUGACGUCAUCCUUGGAGCCAUGACAGUCACUGCAGAAAGAGACACCGUGGUAGACUUUACACUUCCUUAUUAUGAUUUCGCCGGAAUACAAAUUCUCCUCAAGAAGCAGACAGCGAAGAUUGACCUGUUCUACUACGGCAAUGUAUUUAGUCCUCAUGUAUGUCGACAUAGCAAUAACAGCAGUUGAUCUGUAGCUGAUAACUCGGCUGUUGUUUUAGUACUGUUCGGUAUGGGGAUCUCUUUGAGAAUAUGGAGCCAUGCAAAUUUAAAAUAGAAGUCUAUAAAAGCUUUAUUUAAAUUACACCACUAUUUUUGUGUGAACACAACCUCCUAAACAUAGGCUAUUAUUUUUUCACUAGGCAAUUGGUAGGGAAAAACUCAAUUGAGUAAGUAAAAGUAAAGAUUAUUAUAAAAUCCGUUUCAGGCGUGGCUCUGUCUCGGUGCUGUGGUGCUAGUGACAAGUCUGCUGCUUUGGGCUUUUGAGAACAUCACAUCCACUGGACCCAAAGAGGGACGUUACACCGUGAAUAAACGAGACGUAAGACAGGACAGCGUUUCUUUAAAUACUGUCUCGAGCAAAGAAUCCAACUUCACGCCCACCAAAGACUCCAACCUUACGCCCACCAAUGAGAAAUAUACAUUCUCUCAAACUGGAGAAUUAUGCAAGGUUCCAGGUCGCGUUCUGGCCUAUAACAAUCAAACAUUCAGUAAUCGCGAAUUCGAUCCCGGAAAUGAGUCUAAGUUGAACCAGAAAGGCGAACUCGAGGCAAAGGAAAAAACGUCACUUCCUACAGUUGUCGACACUCUAUGGUUUGUGAUUGGUGCCUUGACAAUGGCGGGUAUGUAAAAAAAAAAAAAGGUUAUAUCAAAUACCGAAUGAGCAGAAUGAGAAGAAACGUGCCCAAAACGAAAGUUAACAGACGUUGUUUGGGUGUCUUAGAAUGUUAGUGUUAAAAUUUAUCUGUAUAUAUGUGAACAUGGCAUUGGCAAGGUACUCUUAGAAAUUUUACUUCAUUUUGAGAUCACUACAGUGACAAUAUUCAUAACUGUUCACGGAAGACCAGACUCCAAUUAUGCCUCCAAUUCAACCACAUCUUUUAACAUUCGAAUAAAAUCAUAAAGAUCUAUGUUGUCAAAUUAUUUUUGUUAACCCCCGCAGUUCUCUCUGCUUAAAUAUUCAUCCUACAAUCUGGUAUGCAGGGGGAGGGGACCCACCCCACAGCCUCUCUGGCAGGUUCCUGGUCACUGGGUUUUGGUUCUUUGCCAUCAUCAUGAUGUCGACGUUCACCGCCAACCUGGCGGCUUUCUUGACCGUGUCCAGGAUGGGGAUGACCGUCACGUCACUUGACACAUUGGCUGCCCAGUCGGACAUCAAAUACUCUGUCGUUGAUAAGGUGAUUCUUACGUUUUGAUGUGUAACGGAAAUGUUAUGUUUAAUAAAGGACUGGCGGGAAUGUGUGUUGUGUUAUUUGUAACGGAGAGCUUAUUUUUGAUAAAGGACUAGCAUGAGCUUGUGUUGUGUUUGAACCCAUGCCUUAAAAUGUUGAUGGAUAUCUAUUUUAAGCAUCCGAAAUUAAAACUUAAUAAAAGUGUUAUUGCACAAACGGGGGGAAGUAGGGGGGGGGCAUUGCAGAUAGUGAGCAGACAAUUUUGUUGGGGGUGGGGGAGAGGGUGGGUGGGGCGUAUAGGGAGGGAUGGAUUAAUUAACAAAAAAAGCAUAAUUUAAACACGUUCCGAGAGGUUUUAUUUUUGGUUGGAAUUCAACGAAUUAAUAUCUUCGUUUCAUAUCCUAAGUACACAUUUAAGUUUGAAAUAGCUCGUUAUUUACACUAAAUAAAAGACAACAGAAAUUCAUUCCGCUUCAAAACAACGGUUGAUACAAUAUACGAAUAGAAAAUCGCACUUCAUGUAAAGGUAGGUGCCCAGAUGUUUUCGUCUGAACUGACUUCCUUCUCGUUUGAAACGUUGCAGAGGAAUACUUUAAGUCACGCAUCUAAUUAUUGCCUUGUCUUGUUAUUCAAGCUUUAAUGUAUCUCGUUUCAAUAUAUUUUUUAUUUCUUGUGUAUAAAUCAUGAUCUGUGUCUUGUGUAUAAAUCAUGAUCUGUGUCUUGUGUAUAAAUCAUGAUCUGUGUCUUGUGUAUAAAUCAUGAUCUGUGUCUUGUGUAUAAAUCGUGAUCUGUGUCUUGUGUAUAAAUCAUGAUCUGUGUCUUGUGUACAAAUCACGAUCUGUGUCUUGUGUAUAAAUCACGAUCUGUGUCUUGUGUAUCAAUCAUGAUCUGCGUCUUGUGUAUCAAUCAUGAUCUGUGUCUUGUGUAUUAACCAUGAUCUGUGUCUUGUGUAUAAAUCAUGAUCUGUGUCUUGUGUAUAAACCAUGAUCUGUGUCUUGUGUAUAAAUCAUGAUCUGUGUCUUGUAUAUAAAUCAUGAUCUGUGUCUUGUGUAUAAAUCAUGAUCUGUGUCUUGUGUAUAAAUCAUGAUCUGUGUCUUGUGUAUAAACCAUGAUCUUUGUCUUGUGUAUAAAUCAUGAACUGUUUUUUCGUACCACCCAAUGAAUGUCUUAAAAAGUAAAUACAAAUAUGUUAGAGGAUACAUGAUACACCUAAGGACAGUUCGAUAAGGGCAAAUAAUUCUUUCACUUAAAGUUAGUACCGAAAGAUAUCAAAAUUAUUUUGUUCCCCAGUCUGUACGAAUCUACCAGCGUGGAACCCUCUUCCCCCCCCCCCCCCCAAAGCUAUUAACAAAUCUAAAUGAUACCUACUCAAGCAAUUAUUGUCACUAAUGGAAUUCAUUUUUGGCUGCUUUCUGUGCUAGAGAAAUACUUAAGAUGUCUUAAGAUACAAUUUUUACAAUUGGCAAAUGUUGUCUGGGUUAAAAAAAAUGUAUUUAGUAAAGCGCUGAAAAUGAAUAUGUACAAUGUAAUUAAAAAUAAAUCAUUUCCUUUUACUUGGAUAUAAAUAAAGAUCUUAUCUUAUCUAUCUUAUACCCCACACAGACUAGUGUGAUGGACUACUUCAAACGUAUGGCCAAAAUAGAGGCAGACUUUUAUGAGCGAUGGAAGAACAUGAGCCUGGAGAGAACAGACAGAAAUCAGGACAGCCUGGCUGUCUGGGAAUACCCAUUAGGUUUACAUGCAUUUUUAUGUCGUUCAAGUUGAUUAGAAAGUAGAUUUAAUAAGUAAACGUGACAUUCAAGGGUGACCUGAUAAACAAGAGUUAUUAAAAAAAUAUCGAUUUGUUCUCUUCUUUCAACUAGGCAAUUUUUCAUAUGUCGACUCCAGUCAUAGAAUGAACACGCAAGACUUUGUUUGUAGCGAUGAUUUAUCUUUUGCAAUUUUAAGGAUGACCUUAGAGCAUGACAACACAAUCUUAAAGUAUGAUAACGCUGUCUUAAAAUAAGAUAACACAAUCUUAAAGUAUGAUAACACAAUCUUAAAAGUAUGAUUACACAUUCUUAAUAUAUGAUAAAACUGUAUUAUUUGAAUGAUUGAAAAAUUUCAUUCUGGAUUGGAUUAUAUUUAAUGAAACUUUAUUCCCCUUAUCGCAUUGGUCGGGCAGCUUGAUUAGCUACUCCCUGGAAAGUACAGGUAGCUGUUUAUGUCACCGUCAGACCCACCCCCCCCCCUUUUUUAGAUUAGAAUGGGAGAAAACUAAAAACUUUUUACAUUCAAAAUCUUGAAUUAAAUCGUAGAAAUCAAUAUAUUAAAAAUAUAAAAAUUAGAGAUAAUAAAUAAAUACGAUCAAAUGAUUUCAUAAAAAUCCUCCAAAUUGGUUAAGGAAAGGCCGAGCAAAAAGCGUAUGUAGGGGAUUAGUGCCGCAUAGUGGUUUACUGUGGUAUGUAUUGUAAGUGCCAUAGCUAGGUUCAGUGCCAUAUCUAGGGUAAGUGGCAUAUCUAGGGUCAGUGGAAUAUCUAGGGUCAGUGGAAUAUCUAGGGUCAGUGCCAUAUCUAGGGUCAGUGCCAUAUCUAGGGUCAGUGACAUAUCUAGGGUCAGUACCAUAGCUAGGUUCAGUGCCAUAGCUAGGGUCAGUGGCAUAUCUAGGGUCAGUGGAAUAUCUAGGGUCAGUGCCAUAUCUAGGGUCAGUGCUAUAUCUAGGGUCAGUGACAUAUCUAGGGUCAGUGCCAUAUCUAGGGUCAGUGCCGUAUCUAGGGUCAGUGCCAUAUCUAGGUUCAGUGCCGUAUCUAGGGUCAGUGCUGUAUGUAGGGUAAGUGUCAUGUCAGUGCCAUAUCUAGGGUUAGUGCCAUAUCUAGGGUUAGUGCCAUAUCUAGAUUAAGUGACAUAUCUAGAUUAAGUGCCAUAUCUAGAUUUAAUCCCAAAUCUAGGGUUAGUGCCAUAUCUAGGGUUAGUGCCAUAUCUAGGGUUAGUGCCAUAUCUAGGGUCAGUUGCAUAUCAAAGGUUAGUGCCAUAUCUAGGGUUAGUGCCAUAUCUAGGGUUUAGUGCCAUAUCUAGGUUUAGUGCCAUAUCUUGAGUUAGUGCCAUAUCUAGAUUAAGGCCCAUAUCUAGAUUUAAUGCCACAUCUAGGGUUAGUGCCAUAUCUAGGGUGAGUGCCAUAUGUAGGGUUAGUCCCAUAUCUAGGGUUAGUGUCAUAUCAAAUGUCAGUGGCACCCGGCGUUGGCAAAGACAUUUUCCGCCCCCUCAUUGCAGGGGAAAAAACCUCAGCCCGUCCUCCAAAAAGUAGAAAUAAAGACAUAGUUACAAGACGAGGCGUGCUGUUUCGCUAGAUGCCGAGACAAUACAUCUAAAAAUUCUUGUUAACUUUCUCCAUUACACCAGCUACCUCAUUGUGAUUUUUAUACAAUUUUAUUUAAGUCUUUUUUUUAUCCACUAUUGCCCCUAAAGAUGUUCACCUUUCCCCAAAAGGGCUUUUUACCAUGUUUCUACGACCCCAUCCCAAAGGGCUUUUUACCAUGUUUCUACGACCCCUGCCUUGGUGAGUAAUACUUCAGACCUCAAGGAUAAUAAAUAAUUUUCCGUUAUUUUUUUUUUUCAAGGCAACAAGUACGGAGCCAUUUGGAGAACAAUCCAAGAGACGGGUCUCGUCAGCUCCGUGGAGGUGGGUCUAGACAAGGUGCUGAAUGAGAACUUCGCACUGAUCACGGAGUCCCCGCUGAUCCAGUACUACACUGGAAAGAACUGUCUCCUCUCAGCCGUUGGAGAUCAGUUCAGUGUCAGGCCGUACGCCAUUGGGCUUAAGGAGAGGUCGACGUACGCCUACAAGUUCUCAGAGGCGUAAGUUCUCGUCCUGGGUGAAAGCUUUAAAGAAAACUUUGGCGUGUAUCAUUUUUCUUAUCCUGUUUUGUUUGUCUGAUGUGAAAAAAAACAAAAAGAGUUUAUGAAUUAAUGGAUAUUUACUAACAACCCAUUCACAAUUUACAUAACUGUUUAUUAAGUUGAAUAAUUGGCUUGUAUAAACCAGAACCGUCCUAUGUCCUUAUCACUAAAGUAAGAACCGCCGUAGUCCUAUAUUGUAAUUACUAAAGUUAAGAUGUAACGAAGUAACCCAUAAAAUGUAUUGGUGUUCUUUCAUCUAUAACGUGCCUGCACAACAUGCGGCCCGCAACCACCCACUUGGCUGCCCUGGAAGUAACAAAAUAUUCUUUAUUAUUAUUUUUUUUCUAUAUAGCUUUCCCCCUUCUCCUGUUAUCUUCAGGCCCGCACAAGUUUCUCAUAAAGUAUUACGACCCGCCUUACAUUUUGAGCUGUGCAGGCCUUCUUUAUAAUAUUUGCUAUCUUAUUCUGUAAUCUACCUAGUUAAUAAAUAUAUGCAAUCAGGAUAAAUGGUUAGAACUUUUAUAAUAUGAUGUGCAUAUUCAUUAUGGGUGCCAAAGCUACCAAUAAGAUUAUUUUGGGGCAAUUUUUUAGGAUAAACAUAUAUAAAUUAUAUGUAAUUUACGCCAUCUAGUGGUUAACCUCAUAAAUUAGUACCUCAUAAAAAAUUUAUACUUUUAUUUGCGAAUUCAAUUUCAGAAUUCUACAGCUGCAAAAGGAGCGGCUGCUGGGCUCCAUCAGGUUAAAAUGGUGGUCAAACAGUGACGUCGUUUGUCCCAAGGAAACAGGAGACUCUGGCCUUGACCUUUACUCUCUGUCCGGCACAUUU